GGAGGCACGAAAUGGCGAUAGGAAUAUCAGUGGUCAGCGUGGGAGCUGUAUUCCUAGUCGUUCUGCUGUUGAUGCUACUAAUUGACAUGUCUGGUCAGAGAGACAAAUCUGUACAGGACGAUAACAAGGGAAGUAAAUCCACAGUAGUUGAAUCUAAACUGCUGCAGUAUCUCUAUCAGGUCCUUCCCUGCUCCUCGUCCACUUCCCUCCCAGGUCCUCCCAGUCUCUUCCUCAUAGGCAACAUGAUGGAGCUGACACAUGAUCACCUGCCAAUUCACCUGACCAAUCUGGCACAGCAGUAUGGAAACAUCUACCGCCUUAAAUGUGGAAACACAACCAUGGUGGUACUAAACAGUGGUGACCUCAUCAGAGAAGCACUGGUGAAAAAAUGGUCAGACUUUGCUGGAAGACCAGCUUCAUACACAGGUAAUAUUGUGUCUGGCGGAGGGCGCACCAUCUCUCUGGGGGACUAUAACGAGGAGUGGAGGGCACACCGUCGUCUUGUCCAGGGCGCUCUGCAGCGUUGUUGUCAGCAGUCAUUGCAUGAUGUGAUCGAAAGACAGGCGCUGCAACUGAGAAAGGCCUUGAUGGACUAUCAGGGCAGUGCUGUAGAUCUCUCAGAAGAUUUCACAGUGGCAGCAAGUAAUGUCAUCACAACUUUGACUUUUGGAAAAGAAUAUGAUAAGAGAUCAUUGGAGCUGCAACAGCUGCACAGAUGCCUGAAUGAGAUUGUUGCUCUGUGGGGUUCCUCUUGGAUUUCUGCUCUGGAUUCCUUCCCACUGCUCAGAAAAUUACCCAACCCCGUGUUUUCCCGUCUCCUGAAAGAGGUGGCCAGGAGAGAUGAAAUCAUAGGAAAACACCUCAACAAUUACAAGGUACAAGACAAAAAAAAUGAGGACGCCAUCACAGAAUCCCUCCUCCAGGGCCUUGACAAUCAGCCCAACACAGGAUGUGGAGUGCUCCUGACAGACAUUCAUGUUCACAUGGCCACUGUGGACCUUCUCAUCGGGGGAACGGAGACCACUGCAGCCUGGCUGAACUGGACUGUGGCCUUCCUGUUGCACAGACCAGAGGUGCAAACAAAGGUGUACGAGGAGCUGUGCACAGUGCUGGAGGGACGAUACCCCAAGUACAGUGACAGACGCAGACUUCCUGUCCUGUGCGCUCUCAUCCACGAGGUCCUCAGACUGAGGCCGGUUGCCCCGCUCGCGGUGCCACACAGAGCCAUCAGAGACAGCAGUAUCGCAGGUCACUUCAUCCCUAAGAACACAGUCAUUAUUCCCAAUCUGUUUGGAGCUCAUCACGACCCUGCAGUUUGGACUGACCCGUACAGCUUCAAACCAGAGCGCUUUCUGGAAGGAGGAGGAGGUUCCACCCGUGCCCUGAUCCCUUUCGGAGGGGGGGCUCGGCUCUGCCUGGGGGAGACUGUGGCCAAAAUGGAGCUCUUUCUGUUCACUGCCUACUUGCUUAGAGAUUUCCAGUUUAUCCCUCCUGAGAGCGAGGGCUCUCUGCCAGACCUAAGAGGAGUCGCUAGUGUUGUGCUCAAGGUCAAAUCCUACACGGUUAUAGCACGUCCAAGAGCCAAUCUGUCACCUACCACUGCUUGAUCUUUGGACAUUUGUGUGCAAAUUGAGGAUUUUUAGCAAAACUUUUACAAGCUAGGAAAAUUAGAAUCUUUUUUUCUUGUACUAUUGGAUAGUACUCAUAAAAAUAAUCAUUUAAUAGGUUUAUCUCAGUUAUUUAUUUGAUCAUGACUAAAUAGCAUGUCUAAACCCAGGGCAAACUUCUUCUUUUGUAUAAAAGCAAAGGAAACUGGACUGUUAGAGAAGUGUACUCCUCUUAGCAUUAUUUACACGAAAGUUCCUCCAAUGUCAGGGGAGGUGGGUAAUUUACAAGAAGGUAGGUGACCCUUUUUCACAGGAAUGGAAACAGAAACUGAGUAGCCAGCAGAUGGAAAGUUUCAACACACUCUAUUCAUUUGGAGCAGCAUUGAAAUCAAAACCUCAAUCAAGAUCUGUACAGCUGACUGUGAACUGAAACUGGUCAGAGUUUUACUAGAAGAAUAUCUGUCAUCUGGCAGCACGACCCACAGGACAAAUGCUUUAACAUGCUGCUAAAAAUAAAGAAAAACAACUUCCCAUCUGGAUAUACACUAUAUAGACAAAAAAAUUCAGGCACACCUCUUUAUGGGGCUGUUUUUCAGGGGUUUGGCAAGGCCUCUUCCUUCCAGUGAACGGAAAUCUUAUUGGCUCAGUACACCAUGACAUUUUUGCCUCAGUACACCAUGACAAAUGUUCUACUGCAUGAAUGGGGAGAAAUUCCCACAUAACAUUCCAAAAUCUUGUGGAAAACCUUCCCAGAAGAGUGGAAGCUGUUGUAGCUGCAAUGCUGUCUGUGUGUUUAGAAUGUGAUGUCAUUAAAUUUUCUAUUGGUGUAAUGGUCAGGUGUCUCAAUACUUUUGUCUAUAUUGUGCAGUUCAGUAGAUCUCCGCCUCAUCACUGGGUUUGAGGCAUU